UAUUUUCUGUUCUUGCACUCUAUUUAAACCAGAUUCUACUGUGUGAAAGGUCAAAGUCCAGCCUCUGGAUAAACAAUCAAACAUUUCAUCUCUCUGUGUGAGGUCAUAGGAUCACAACCAGCUGCAUGGGACAUAAGUUAGAGAUCGAUUGUUUUUCAGUAGAGUCUGCACUAGCUACGGUUCUAUUUGCCUUUUCAUUACAAGAUGGAUGUUUGAAAGAAACGUCAGGGCUACAUGCUGAUUUUGGUUAUAAAAGCACAUCGGGUGUGGAAAGAAAAACUUGACAUAAGCCCCUUCAUCUCACUUAAUCGGAUAUUGUACAUUUUUCUCAGAAACAGGCAUUGGGUAACAAUGAUCACUACUGUAUUUGAAGAACCGAAACAAAGGAUGCAAAACAAAUAGGUCGCAGGAGGAUGUGAAGCGUUUUACCCUAACCAGCAAAAACCCUUUACAGAUUUAAAGACUUUAAGCAAUAAAACAAUGGCUUGGCAAUGGAUAAAAGUUUUUGUUUGCUUGUCAGUGUGUGUCAUAUUUGCUGUGGUUGGUGAGGAAGCCUUGACCAACAAGUGUGCUGACUUCAACACCACUUGGAAGGAAAACAGACAAGGCACCAAGUUCCAGAUUCAAUACCUUCUCCUUACACGAAAUAAUGCUGACUGUGCCAGUCUCUUUUCACAGGACUGCCUUAACCAUACCCAGAAACACACUACAUACUUCAACUCAUCUCUCCCCACUAAAGUCAUUGUUCAUGGAUACAGGGCACUGGGAACUAAACCCUCGUGGGUAAGUGGUUUAGCCCAGGCGCUACUAUGGGAAGAGGAUGUGAAUGUUCUGGUUGUGGACUGGGUCUUUGGAGCAUCCUUUGCUUAUAACCGGGUAGUGGAGAACUACAAGGAAGUGGCAUUACAGAUAUCAAUUCUUAUUAAUCAGCUUACGGUGUAUGGAAGCACGCUGGAGUCUUUUCAUUUCAUUGGUGUGAGUCUCGGAGCACAUGUGUGUGGAUUUGUGGGGACCCUGUUUAAAGGCAAGCUGGGUCGAAUCACAGGUUUGGACCCAGCAGGCCCAAUGUUUAAGAGCGCAGAUCCAUCUGACCGUCUUGAUUCAUCUGAUGCUUUGUUUGUUGAAGCCAUCCACACUGACUCUGACUACUUUGGAAUUUCCAUUCCUGUCGGGCACACAGACUUCUUUUUAAAUGGUGGCAUGGACCAAGCAGGGUGCGCACGCUCGCAGUUUUCUUCAAUUUUCAUCUACUUUCCAGUGUAUGGCUAUGUGAUUUGUGACCACAUGAGGGCGCUGCACGUCUACAUGAGUUCAUUGAAUGGCUCCUGUCCACUCAUUGGAUUCCCCUGCUCCAGUUACGAGAAAUUCUUGGCAGGAGAGUGCAUCAACUGUGAUGGUCCCUUCAAUGGCACUUGCCCCCAAAUUGGUUUAUUAAAAAACAGUGGGAUAACAGCAUCUCCCCUGCCAAAUCAAGAGAAAGUCUAUCUCCUAACCACCGCUUCAGCGCCGUACUGUACACAUCAUAUCCUUGUAAAAUUAAAGGUUUCACCUUUAGAUAAGACUGCUGAAGUUCAGCUCACCCUGGUCUCCACGGGACUCCCAGAGACAGAGCUAAAACUCAAACUAACUACAGAUCAAACAAUGUUUAUAAAGGUCAUGGGACACCCAGAACAACUGUGUAAAAUUGACACAAUGCAGCUGAAAAAUACAGGAGCACGUUUCUACAGACAAGGCGAUAUUCACUUUGAAUCUAUAUGCAUCUCUGAAUUCCCUCAAACCAGAGGGAUGGAUCAAUUAUGUGUGAAAAACAUUAACAUCAGAAGAGGAGUUCUGUGGUCACAUGAUUUUGUCCAGGUGUGUUAAAUUAAACAUGCACUGCUACUACUUAAUGUAAGUGAGCCGAUACAUUAACCUGAUAACCUGCUUUUUAAAGAUUAGUUUAGGUUGGAAGGCAUCACAGCUUUGUAAAAUGUAUUAGCAAACAGGAUACAAGGGGACUGAGGUAUAAACUCUGUUAAAGAUAUAUUUAUUAUGUUUUCACAAAAUGACAUACUUUACAGUAGGUAAAAUACAUUAACUGAUUCUUCUGUUGUUAAAACUACUUUAUAUGUGCAUGGUUCUAGUAACUGUAAAACAGAGAAAAAUGUAUGUGCAUGUGUACACUGAAUUUGUACUUUUAACUUUGCUAUAAAGCAAUCAUUUACAAAAAUAUAGCUUGUGAUGAUUGUUAUUGAGAACAAAGCUCUUGGAUGUUUUGUUUUAUUUUCAUAAUUAACGUUCAACAUUUCUGCGUUUUAAUGAGUUUUUGCAACUUAAAAAUCUGAAUCUGUUUAUUCAUUAUUAAAAGUAAGGAUAACCUCUGCUUUGUAAUGACAGAUUUAGAGAAAUAUCAAGUCAAAUGUUUAUCCCCGAGCUUAAUAAACAGUUGGCCCCAUGAAAAUACAGGAA